AUGACCGAGGUUAUCAACGGCACGGCCGCUCUUCCAGAGUCGGUGUCAGCAUCAUCGACUCCCAUCGCGAAUGGGUCUGCUGCCACCGCGUCCUCGAUCAUCGAUGGUAAACCUCGCAAGUUGACCAAAAACCAGUUAAAACGCGAGAGAAAGAAGCAUAAGAAGGAAAUCGCGAGGAAACAGAACCCUUCCAAUGUCGCCGAUUCUGAUACCGAAUCUGUCGCUUCCACAGCCACCAUCACAUCCUCUAGUUCUUUCGCUCUUGCACCUGGUCAGAAGCAGCAACAAGUCCAGUUAUCGCUUGUUCCUGAAGUCACACCUAACUUUGACCUUAGCGAUCUGAAUCUCGAUCAAGAUGACGCUGUCUUUGCCGAUUACAAGAGGAUCAUGCAGAAGUUCUCCGCCGGGGACGAUAAGGAAAAUGUCGAAGAUAGGAAGGGCGAGGUCUUCUACGACGAGGACGAUAUCCCAGACGAAGAAGCCGAACAGGUCGACGUCGAAGCCAAACUGAGCAAGAAGGCUAGAAAGGCUCGGGAUAAACUCAGUGUCGCUGAACUCAAGACGCUAGUCAAAAGACCCGAAAUCGUAGAAUGGACUGACACAUCAUCCUCCGACCCUAGACUACUAGUCCACCUCAAGUCAUACCGUAAUUGCGUCCCAGUGCCCAGCCAUUGGUCCCUAAAGCGGGAAUACCUUUCUUCCAAGCGUGGUGUCGAGAAGCCGCCAUUCGAUCUCCCUGCCUUCAUCAAAGCCACCGGAAUCAUGGAAAUGAGAGAUAACACUAAGGAAGACGAACGCUCGCUAAAGCAGAAACAGAGAGAGCGUGUUCAGCCGAAGAUGGGAAAGUUGGAUAUUGACUAUCAGAAGCUGCAUGAUGCCUUUUUCAGAUUCCAAGUCAAACCCCCGCUGACCAUGUACGGAGAAGUAUACUACGAAGGAAAGGAGAUGGAAACGAAUCUGAAAGACCGCAGACCUGGCGAAUUAUCGGACGAAUUGAAGGAAGCUUUGAACAUGCCGCCAAAUGCACCACCUCCAUGGCUUAUCAACAUGCAGAGAGUCGGCCCACCGCCGAGUUACCCAUCUCUCAAAGUUCCAGGAUUAAACGCACCGAUCCCAGCUGGUGCAGCAUGGGGAUUUCACCCAGGAGGUUGGGGGAAACCCCCUGUCGACGAGUUCAACAGGCCUUUGUAUGGCGAUGUUUUCGGUGUCCUACAGCCACAGGAGUCCGCCGAGAACCAAGAACCGGCGGAUAGGACUAUUUGGGGUGAACUUCAGGAGGUUGAGUCAGAAGAAGAGGAUGAGGAUGAAGAUGAAGAUGAAGAGGACGAGGACGAGGACGAGGACGACGUUGGUGCUGGAUUGCAGACACCAUCGGGCAUGGCCACGCCGUCAGGAAUGAUUAGCUCCGUACCGAGCGAAUUCGACGCGCCCGAGCAUCUUGAUCUACGGAAGGCAAGGCCGGAUAGGGACGAGGAUGAAGGACCCAAGUCGCUUUACUCCGUCCUACCAGAGCAAGAGAUUAAAUCGCGGGGCUUGUUUGGUGGACAACAUGCCUAUGAUAUCAAGUCCGGCCAGAUGCCUGUGCUUGGUCAAGAGGAUAGGAAGCGCAAGAAACCCGGCGAUAUCGAAGUUUCCAUUGAUGCAUCCACGCUCGAGGCGGACGACGGUCUUAGCAAAGAGGCCGUCAAAGCUAAAUACGAGCGAGAGAUGGAACAACAGCGGCGUGAUAAACAAGGAUUCCAGGAAGAUCUUUCGGACCUCAUCGCCUCUGAAAGCCGGAAACGACAAAAGCGCGAAGAAGACAACGCAAGGAAGAAGAAGGAAAGCAAGUUUAGAUUCUAA